UGCAGUGCGCUGAAGGAGCCUGAGCCACUCUCUCGUGUUCUCUCUCUCCCCCUCCCUCUCUCUCUCUCUCUCUCUCUCUUCUCUCUUCUCUCUGUCACACUUUCCCUCACUCGCUCACUCCGGAAAACUCAUGACAGCCCCCGAUGACGAGGAAAAAGUGUAGAGCCUGCUCUGCUGUGGGCAUGGGAACACUCCGCUGGGCUCCGCUGCAGAGGACUUAGCGCUGGGAGGGAGGAAGAGGACAGCGGCCGCAGAGAGGAAGCCAGACCAUGUCAGAGCUCACCCCCCCCCCCUCCCCCUCAUCUUAUCAGAGGAGCUCGCGGGAGCAGAUAGCUGCAGAUCUCCCAAGACUCACAAGAGGAUGCCAUAAUUGAGGAGCUAUUUUUUUUCCCAUCACCAUGGAGAGACUUCAUAAUACAUUGAAAGAAAAGCCACACAAUGCUCUAUUUGCUGUAGCUUGCCUUAGCAUUGUCUUUAUGGAAUUUACCGUAAAAUUAUUCUUAUGAACCAUUGAAAACCUUUUACUUGAUGAAGCACAUUCUGCCCCAGAACGCAUAGCUGGUGUUAUCUAAAUAGUUGCAAACUACAUAUGGGAAAUUGAACAACAUAAUUAAUAGCUUUGGGAUAUUCUGCACAUUGCGUUGACAUAAGAUGGUUGACAGAACUUGUUAAUUAAAACUAUUCAGUGCGCACAAACACUUUGUUCCAGAUUUGGGCAGACAAUGGGGAGCAAACGGCAAAUUUAGGUCACAAUGUGCAAAGUGUACCAUUAAGGAUGCCUCUCCUUUGUCACAUGACAUGGGCAGACAGUAAUUUCUUUGUGUGGGCCAGUAAGCUAGUGAGGUUGUGAUGGGAUGCGGGCAGCAGAAAAGACUGUGCUAGACAUUUCUUGGCGCGUCACACAACAUUGACCUGGAAUGAAAAUAUUGACCAGAUAAACAGAUUAGAGCCACGUUCGAUAGACACAGCUUGUCAGCAUUCUUGAACGUCAGAGCAGCUUUUUUUGCAUGGGAAAAGGCACAGAUGAGUGAUGGCUGAUAGUGUUUGCUGAACUGAAAGAAGAUGGGUUCAGCAGUAUAUAUUGAGUAGAUUGGCCCUGGGGAAGGAGAUGUAUGCCUGGCUUCAUAAAGGACAAUUGAGUUGGCACGACACGUUGUAGCAGACUCAUUAAGGACAUCGCAAACUGUUAUAUUAUCCCCUACCCAUCCCCUACUUCUGUACAGCAUGGGGACAUUAAACUGGCACACAGUGAUUCAAGCGGUCUGAUAGCACACGCAAAUUCAUCUCACAAGAUCCACAGGAGACAGCCAGUCAUCUGGGCAAACAAAUUGCUUGGGCCUUUUUAUAUGAAGGUGGCAUAACUCACAGGAUGCAGCACAGCAGCUUUUUUUGGUCUAUUGAAAUUUGACUGUGGGUAAUGGUGAGCACAAUAUUACAAAACCCAUCAUAUUUAAUACUUGAGUCAAGUUUGCAUUUAGGAUACAGUUAGAGCGUUUUUCCGUCAUCAGACACCUCCUUGGAGAUCCACGUCAGUGGCUUGAUUUCUGAAAGCCUUGUUCAUGGUGGGCUGCCGGGCUUGAGUUUGAGGAGGUCUAGCUUUUGGGACCGUACCGCUCCACCUGCAAUGAGCAGCCCUGGCCGCACAGGGCAGGACCCCUGAUGUAGCUGUGGGUGGUGCUAUGUUGCGCAGGGGACUUGUGGCCUGGGCGUCCCGAGUUGGGGUGGUGCUGGUGGUGGCCUGCUGCUGCCUCUCCCUCCUGUACGUGCUGGCCUGCAGCCCGCACUCGGACGAGAGCCGGGCCCCCCUGCCCCGGGCCAACUCCCCCACGGGGAAGGAGGGCUACCAGGCCCUCCUGCAGGAGCGCGAGGAGCAGCACCGCCACUACAUCAGCAGCCUGAAGAAGCAGAUCUCCCAGCUGAAGGAGGCCCUGCAGGAGCGCAGCGAGCAGCUCAAGAGCGUCCAGGACUCGCUCGAGAGGGCUGCCGGGGCGCCCCCCGUGGGCCUGCUGGACGGGGCGGCUGAGAGGAACCACGCCGACCUGCAGGAGUUCCUACGGUCCCAGCUGGGCCGGGCCGAGGUCCACUCCGGCGUCAAGCUGCCCAGCGAGUACGCCGUGGUGCCCUUCGAGAGCUUCACCCUGCAGAAGGUCUACCAGCUGGAGAUGGGCCUCACCCGGCACCCCGAGGAGAAGCCCGUCCGCAAGGACCGCCGAGACGAGUUGAGCGAGACGCUGGAGACCGCAGUGCAGGCCCUCAACACGCCCCGGGACGGGGACAACCCCCAGCAGCAGAAAGCGUACUCACACGCCGACUUCAUCGAAGGGAUUUCUCGUACAGAGAAGGACAAGGGUACUUUAUAUGAGCUGACCUUCAGGGGCGACCGCAGCCACGAGUUCAGGAAGCUGGUGUUCUUCCGCCCGUUCGGCCCCCUGAUGAAGGUGAAGAACGAGAGGGUGGACACGGCCAGCAUGCUCAUCAACAUCGUCGUGCCGCUGGCCAGGCGGGCGGACAAAUUCAGGAACUUCAUGCACAACUUCAGAGAAGUCUGCGUUCGUCAGGACGGGAGAAUCCACCUCACAGUGGUGUAUUUCGGGAAGGAUCAGAUGAGCGAAGUGAAAGGAAUCUUGGAAAACACUUCCAGAGAGAUAAACUUCAAGAACUUCACCUUGAUCCAGCUGAAUGAGGAGUUCUCCCGGGGGCGGGGCCUGGACGUGGGCGCAAGGGCGUGGAAGGGUGGCAACGUCCUGCUCUUCUUCUGUGACGUGGACAUCUACUUCACGGCCGAGUUUCUGGACUCCUGCCGACUCAAUGCACAGCCCGGUAAAAAAGUAUUCUAUCCAGUUCUAUUCAGUCAGUAUAACCCAAGCCUGAUUUAUGGUCACCAUGACAACAUUCCACCAAUAGAACAGCAGCUGGUAAUCAAAAAAGAUACAGGAUUCUGGAGGGAUUUUGGCUUCGGCAUGACCUGUCAGUAUAGGUCAGAUUUCAUCAAUAUAGGUGGCUUUGAUGUGGACAUCAAGGGCUGGGGCGGGGAGGACGUUCACCUCUACAGGAAGUACCUGCACAGCAACCUGCUGGUGGUGCGCUCGCCCUCGCGCGGGCUCUUCCACCUGUGGCACGAGAAGCGCUGCGCAGACGAGCUCCCGCCCGAGCAGUACAAGAUGUGCAUGCAGUCUAAAGCCAUGAACGAGGCCUCCCACGGACAGCUGGGAAUGCUCUUCUUCAGACACGAGAUCGAGGCCCACCUGCGCAGACAGAAACACAACGGAGCAGGCAAAAAGACAUGAGAGAGUGCUGGUGGAAGACUUGAAAUGGCGCGGGUAGAUGUUUUCAGAAACUGCAAGGAGAAGACCUGAAGUGGUUUAGGUUAAAACAUAAUAAUAACAACUGUGUGGGGAAGGGGUUUUGAGAGGGUGGAAGUAGAGGAUUUGUAACUGUAACAGUGGAGAUAUACAUUUUUAUAGGGUGGAAGUAGAGGACUUGAAAAGGUAUGGUAAAGCAAUGACAGAGGCAGGAAUGAGGUUAGGGGUUAGAAAUGUAGGAUGAAUAGAAAUGACAGGAUAAAAGAGAUUUAUAUGUGCUAGCCCCAUCUUCAACUUCCACCCUCCCCACUGAGGCCUGUAUCAAAUCCCCAAAGUUUCUGGCAGAUUAUAUUUGUAAAGAUGUGAAUAGAUGGCAGCUGUAUUUGUCUCUAGAUAAGAAGCAUAAUGUGUUGAGCCAUCAUUAUGAGAAGUUUAGAAAAGGAUCACUUAAUCACAUUGUCUCUAUCUUUCAGUCAAGUUUGGCCUGACUUUCAUAUUGUACAGUGCAAGCAAUUUGGCUACGGGAGUGGGGAAUUUUCAGUAGGCAUAAGAAUAUAUUAAGGCUACCAACAACAAAUACCACAUAGUAAACACUUCAAGACUUGCAUGCUUCAGUGCUGGACAUUACACAGUAAAGUGUUCUGAGAUAUUGCAACAUUCUUCAACUAUGAGUUCAACUCCAAAAGGGAUCAUAAUUUCCUAUAUUAGAGUAACAUCUACUUGAUCAGAGUUGAUUUAACACUUAACAUUGUACUGUUUGUGAAUGGAAAUAUGCCCAUUUGUGAUAGUUGUUAGCUGACAACAGUACUGCAGCUGCAGAAUGAGUCAUGCAAUCAAAAACAUUUCUUGGACAUAAUUUGGCACAAAUUCAUUGGAGGUGCUGCCAUUUACAUUGAGUAAAAGUAUGUGUUUAGUGCUCACAGUCAAAAGUCAUAUUGAUCACAAACACAGUCCCCUGCAGUCAAUGAGAUUUAUCCAUUCAUUUAUGAUCUGAAUAUUCACAAGAUCAGCCUCAAUGCCUGCUGAAAAUCUUAAAACACUUAAAAGCCUGGUUACAAAAUGUUUCCCCUGUCUUAUAUAGUUUGAUUUUGUGUCUUAUAUAUUUUAAUGUGCACAUGUAUGCAUUUUUUACAGUAGUACAUUUACAGUCCAAAAAUCUAUCCAUCCAUCCAUCCAUCCAUUAUCUAACCCGGUCAUGGGGGUGCUGGUGCCUAUCCCAGCAUGCAUUGGGUACAUUAAUAAAUCAUAAUCUGUGACUAUAAGCAUUCUUUAAGUAUUGUACUAUUAGCAUAACAAGAGCCUUUAGGCAGACUUCAGUUUGAAUUAUGGUAACCCCAAAGUGAAAAAGAUGGGGUGGCUAUGAUUGUUGGUGUUAUUGAAAGUAAAUUGUCUGUUGCCAAGGAAAAGUCUACAGGAUUGCUGAAUUAACUGAAUUUACUCUAUAUAUGGGCCUCUUUCAUUAUGUUGAAUUACACAUGGAUUCAAAAGUGGCACAUUCAGCCAGAGAUUCAAUAUCAAAGCAGAAAAUACAUUCAAUACAUUUAUAAUACAUACUAUUCACUCAUAAAGGUUCAUAACUAACACAUAACUGUAGACCUGUAAUAGUGUGUUUUACUUUGUCGUAGAAAUCCGCUGGUAAGGACCAGGUUUAUAGAGUGUGACUGGGCCUUGGUUUGCUGUUCAUAUGUACAUCUUCUCUGUCUUAUUUUAAAAACCAUCUAGUUUAUAUUUUUUCCUACCAAUUUGUCUUAUUUAAUGAAUCAAACGAUAUUUAUUUGACAUGCUGUACUGCUUGUAUGUUUGGAAGCCAUUUGGGCUGGGAAUAAGGGAUAGGUUUUUUGACACUGGGCAUCUUGGGUGCUUUUAUGUGACCCCAGUACAAUAAAAAUAUGGGGUGGGGAGGCUGAGAUUGCAAGCGAGGACCAGGAUGGGAGUAGGGGGGAUUAAUUGAGAUCAUGGACCUCCAGUUGAAAUCCCAGGCUUUAAAUGUUCAAAUGGAGAAAUCCUGUCAAAAUGCAUAACUAUUACGCAGAAUUAAUAGCACAUAUUUUUUCAUAUUUCAUACACUGUAUGUAACCCCAAAAGUUACAUUUUACUCUAUAUUUAUUUUUGUGUACACAAUACAUGUGAGCUUUUUAAUGAUGUAAAAACAAAGAGUUUGGUAUUUUUGUUAUUUGAAACUGCACUCAAUGCAAAGAAAGGUAUUACAAAGGUCCAAAAACCUAAAAUGUUGAAUGUGACAACUCAUGCACAACGUGGUUGCAGGUGUUGAUAUGCAAAAAUAAAUGUCAGCGAAGUGGUAUUUUUUCAGCAUUUUGUGUCAUUCUCAACCAUAAGACAGUAUUGAUAAAUUCUCUCCAGCUAUGUUUUACAAUAGCUAAACUUCUGACAGUUCAUAAUAAUGCACAUCUUUUACUUAACGGGCAGUUCAAAGAACUGCGACAUUGUAAAUUUAAAGACCUUUCAAACGCGCAGCUGUUUCUUGGCAGAGGUUCUUGUUCCAUCUAGUGUCCAAGCAUUGUAUGUGCACUCUCAGGCAUGUUGUUUCCUUCCGUUGUGUCUCAUUACCCAACCAGAAAAUCUGAAUGUCUUUAUAACUUGUAGUCUUGAUAAACAAUUGCGGUGUAAUACACAGAACAAUACAAGGCCACAUUAUGGAAAAGCAGCUGUUGUAAAUUGUACUUUGCCAUGAGUAAAUUCACACACAAAAUGUAGGGUUGUUGAUGUAGUGUUGUUAAUAAAGAGAAGUUUGGUUUUCUACAAAUUGUACUUAAAAAUCCUCUAUGACAUGUUUUUACUCAGGACUCAAAGGUCCUAUUUUUGUAUUUGGUUUACCAAAGCCUGUACAGAGAACAAUCUAAUAUAUUUAGGAAUGCACUUUGCAUUGGAAGCUGUGAUGUUUGCAUAUAAAUAGAAAGGUUGUUAUAACUGCUACAGAAGAGAAGACUUUUUGAAUGACAUUCAGUUUCUUUUUUGCAGGAUAUUGUAGUGAAGCUGCAUUGUAAAAAAAUAUUUCUUUCUUCUAUACAUUUUCUUUUAAAGGGAAUGGAAAAAAUAAAAACUGCAUUCUGAAA